UGGAUGAAGCUCUAGUCUCCAUGAUAGUGAAGGAUACCCAGCCUUUCACUAUUGUGGAUGACGUUGGAUUCAGGACAUUUGUGUCUAAGCUGGAUCCCAAUUAUGUUCUCCCUACAAGGCAGGCUCUGAAGGCCAUGGUGGAGGCCAAAUAUGAGUCUGCUAAGGAGCACGCUAUGGCUAAAGUAGAGAAGGUGGCUGCUGUUAGCCUUACAUCAGAUAUGUGGACAUCCAUCAACAUGGAUGCCUACCUGGCAGUGACAUGCCACUUUGUGGAGGAGAACGAAAAGCUGAGCUCGGUGUUGUUGGGAGUGCAGGCAUUCCCCCAGUCUCACACUGGUGAAAAUAUUGCUUGUGUGAAAGCUUCCCUGAUGGAGGAAUGGGGAAUCUCAGGCAAGGUGACAUGCAUGGUCACCGAUGGUGCUCCUAAUAUGGUGGUAUGCAUGGGAGAGCUGAAGCUUCGCCACCACAUUUGUGUUGCUCACACCCUCAAUCUUGUUGUGAAGAGGGCGCUUGACCAGCACCCUGUGCUCUCUGGCCUCCGGGCCAAAGCAAGGAAGCUGGUUGGCUACUUUAGAAGCAGCACCACUGCUAAGGAGAAGCUUACACAAGUGCAGCUUCAGCUGGGCAUGCAAGCAACCAAGCUGAUGCAGGAGGUGGAAACAAGAUGGAACAGCACCUACUUGAUGCUGCAACGUCUGGUGGAGUUGAGGGAGCCAGUAGGAGCGGCAUUGGCUGGAUUACACACUGACAUUCCCUUUUUCACUGCCAGUGAGUUUGACAUUGUUGUAGCGUGCCUUUCUUUACUCUCUCCUUUCUAUGACGCCACCACGGAGCUCUCUGCAGAAGAACACGUGUCGGCAUCAAAAGUUAUCCCCCUCCUGAAAAUGAUAGAGAAAGCCCUUCAGGAGGAAGACACCAAGUCGGCACCUGCAGUAGCAGUGGAAAUAGGAGAGCAGCUCAUCAGACAGCUCAGGGAGAAGCUGCACAUGCUCCAGUCAAUGAGCAUCUUGUCGCUGGCUACACUCCUGGACCCACGAUUUAAACUUAUAGCAUUUUUCAGCAACACAAAAGCUGCUGAAGCAGUGAAGCGCUUGACUUCAGAGUGUGCCGCCGUCAUCUGACGGAACACAGAAGAGAACACUCACGAGAUUCCCCAGGCUUCCACCUCUCAAGAAUUCACUGGAGGUAAUCUUUUAUAUUACAUUUUGAGAUUACUUAUUCCUAUUACAACACUUACUAACAUGACCUGUGGUUUCCAUUUAGGUAGCAGACUUUGGCAAAGAUUGGACACUAGUGUCAUGGAGGCAAAGAGGACUCAAAAUGUGUCAGCAGAUGCCACCGUAGAGGUCCAGCGCUACCUGUCAGAGGCAAACAUAAGCAGGCUGGAGAAC